AUGAAGUGUUUUACUGGUGACGAAUCUGGACUAGUUAAAGAAAUUACUCUACCAAAGACAACAAUUGCUAUCCCGACGGCUUCGACUUCGACUUCUUCCCAAAAUGAGACAAUUCCCCCGAUUUCAACCUGGGGAGAAGCUAAACGUGACCUAGGUAUACAAAUGAUGUGUCACGCGAAGAUUUUUGGGGAACAGAAACAGAUCGUAGUUGCACGUAGAAAUGGUUUAAUACAAAUCCUUGAUCCGUAUAAUGGAGGCAAAGUAUGUAAAGAAUUCACCAAUGAGCGUGUUGCUGCCGAUAAAAAGAAAACUAAAAAUACGACGUUUGUUGGUUUAUAUGCAAAUGACAAUACUGGUAAUAUCAGAUAUCAACCCAUCGGUGGUAAAAAUGAUUCAACUAUAGAUAAAAACAUUACUUAUGAAACGGACUUGUGUCGUCUGAGAGUGCACCCAAAAGAAAAUAAUAUAUUUGCGUGCGGCGGAAAGCAACGUGAUUUAACCUUAUGGGAUAUAAACGCCAAGGAGGAACCAAUUUUUACAAAACGUAAAGGGUGGUGGGAGAAUGGGAUGAUCUGGAUGGCGAAAAACAUAAGAUGUGACCUUCUAACUGUUCACUCGCCUGUUUGGGUUACUGAUAUACAAUUCUUAAGCGAAGAGGAGAAAUCAAAGAUUGUAAUUGGAACGAGGUAUCAUCAGAUACGAAUAUAUGAUAUUAAAGCGCAACGUCGACCAGUGUUUGAAACAAGUAUUGGGCAUAAAUCGGUGGUAUCGCUAAUUUUAGGGCGAGAUCCAAAGUAUUAUCUUCGUGUUUUUGAAUAUAUUAUAAAAUUUCCACUUACUCCUAUCAUAUUUAUAGGAAAAAAUAUAGGACAAUACAAAGGUUUCAACAAAGGCACCGCUGGCUCAGUGACUGGUUUGUCAAUUGACGAUAAAUCUUCAUCUUUGGUUAGCGUAAGUUUGGAUCGAUUCCUACGCGUUCAUAAAAUGAAUCAAGAGCGUGAAUUGGUGCACAGUGUAUAUCUAAAGCAAAAACUCACAGGCUUGAUUGUUGAUGAUGCUGAAGAAACUCAAAGCGAAAAACAUAGAACCAGAUCUGAGUCCGACACAGACGAUGAAGAUUGGAAUCAGAUUAAACCACAAGCCAAAAAACGAAAAACGAUUUAG